AUGCAGACCCCACAAGGGUAUUCAUCUAUUACUGCUGGUCAUUACGUUGGUUUUGGUGCACCUUCAUCAAUGUAUAUUGCUGUACAACCUUAUGGCUCCUCUCUCUCUAUGCCACCUCCUUAUGAUGUUCAUGUUCCUCUGCUUAUAAUUAUAGUUAUGGAAUUCACCUUUGUGGAGGCAGCAACCCCUAUAGACCCCUCCCACCCCUACUCUGGUGGCUCAAUCAUAGAUGGAAAAAGCGACAAUGAUUGGGUAUGCCCUAAUUGUGGAAAUGUGAAUUUCUCGUUUAGGACAGUUUGUAACAUGAGAAAAUGCAAUACACCUAAGCCAGGAUCUCAGGCUUCAAAGUCAGGAAAGAACUUCAAAGGAGAUAUGCCUGAUGGGAGCUGGAAGUGUGAUCAUUGUAACAACAUAAACUAUCCAUUCAGAACAAAAUGCAGUAGACAAAACUGUGGUGCUGAAAAACCAUUAGAAUCCGGGAAAUCCCCUUCAGAAGAAGCAGAAGAAAACGAUCAGGUAUUAGAGUCUUUCAAACUUCAUCCGGAUAACAAUGUCUUCUUGAACCUGAUCCCUGUUUUCCCCAAGCUUGCUAGGACAUGCUAUAACUUUUAUCAGUCCACACCAACAAAGUUGGCUGGAGAAAACUACCUCCAUUCAGGGCAGCUAAUGUUCAAGUCAUUAUUUGUCAUCUACACUCGAUGGACAAUAACACAUUUUUUGACAUGGAGGAUUUGUCUUUUACAUGAUAUCUGA